AUGGACAAGGAGAAGAGGAGGAGGAACUGGUUCGAGCGCAUCAGGCGGCUCUUCACCUCCUCCGACCCCAAGCCCACGCCCAAACCAGCAGACAAGAAGGCGAAGAGCAAGCGGUGGCUGCCGGGAAAGCUGCGGGCGCAGCAGUCGUUCGCGCUCCCGCCGCCGGCGCCCGCGGGCGCGGACCAGAUCAGGCAGGCGGAGGACGAGCAGAGCAAGCACGCCGUGGCCGUGGCCCUCGCCACCGCGGCGGCCGCCGAGGCCGCUGUCGCCGCCGCGCACGCCGCCGCCCACGUGGUCCGCCUCACCGGCCAGCCGCCGCCAGUGGCUCACGUGCCCCGGCAGGUGCAGGUGCAGGAGCAGGAGCACGCCGCCGUCGCCAUCCAGUCGGCUUACCGCGGAUACCUGGCUCGGCGGGCGCUGCGGGCGCUCAAGGGCCUGGUGCGGCUGCAGGCGCUGAUCCGCGGGCAGGCAGUGCGGCGGCAGACGGCGGCCACGCUGCGCGGCCUCGAGUCCCUCAUGAGGAUCCAGGCCCGGCACCGGUCCAGGGCCGGCGGCGUGGAUCACCACCAGCACAACCGCCAGGCGGCGGACGACGACGCCCAGCUGCUGCGGCGCGGCAGGGAGCUCUUUGCCGCCGCCGCCGCCGCCGUCCACGAGCAGCAGCAGCAGCAGGCGAGCAACAAGGGGUGGGACAGCAGCAUCUUCUCCAAGGAAGAGAUGAGCGCCAUGACGAGGAACAAGGAGGAGGCCGCGCUCAAGCGCGUGCGCGCGCUGCAGUACGCCUCUCUGCACAACGAGAAGCUGGGCCUCGGCCUCCGGCGGCCGCCCUCCAUCUCCAUGUCCAGGGACGAGAUUGACGCGCUGAACCAGCGCUGGAGCUGGCUGGAGGAGUGGGUCGGCUCGCAGCCCCCCUUCGACAAGGACGUCCCCGUCGCGCACCAGUCCCCCUACACCAGCACCACCACCAGGGGGGAGGACGCCACCGCCAACAAGGGCGACGACGUCGUCGAUAGGCUCGGCUGCUCGGCCCGCCGGUCCUUCGCCCGCCCGAGGCGCACGCCGGGGAGGGGGGACUGCUACUACGACGACGCGGCGGCGGCGGCAUGCUCACCGGCGCCGCCGGCGCCGUUCCCGGGGUACAUGGCCUCCACCGCGUCCGCCAAGGCCAAGUUCAGGUCCAUGAGCACGCCCAAGGAGCGCUCCGCCGCCGCCUACUCCGACGCCUACUCGGAGCACUGCUUCCCGUUCGCCGACCGCCUGCUCUCGCCCAUCCCGUCCAUGUCGCCCAUCCCCUCCGUCGCCAGCGACAUGGGCUUCGCCAGGUCCACCAGGCCGUCCGUCGCGCAGCGGUCGCCGCGGGUGGCGACCAAAAGCCCCAUGACGCCCGUGAGGUUGCGCUCGCGGAGGUCGCCCGGCCACCACAGCUUCGGCUCCGAGGCAGCGCUGCACCAGCUGCAGAUGGAGCACUACACCCCAGUUCGCUGA